AUGACCGCCCCGACCGAGAACAGCUCCGAUGCUUGCCAAAAGGCAGAUCAUAUAUGCGUCCUAGUUCACGGCCUUUGGGGAAACCCUUCUCACCUCGACUGCCUUGCCUCCACGCUACGAGACCAGCACGGGGAAAGCCUUUAUAUACUCUGCCCGAAGACAAACAGCGGCAACUAUACCUAUGAUGGCAUCGAGCUCGGUGCCGAACGCGUGAUGGACGAGAUCGAGCAGACGAUAAAUUCACUCGCCGAGCAGGGCCAGCAACUGAGAAAAAUCAGCAUCAUCGGAUAUUCCUUAGGGGGACUGAUUGCGCGCUAUGUGAUCGGUUUGCUCAACGCACGAGGCUGGCUGGAGAAGCUCGACCCCGUCAAUUUCACCACUUUUGCAACACCACACGCUGGAGCCCGGAUCCCACGGAAAGGAUUCACAAAUGUUGUCUGGAAUGAACUCGGUGCGAGGACGGUAUCCAACUCGGGUCGCCAGCUAUUCUUGGUGGACUCUUUUCGCGACACGAAGCGCCCGUUACUGAGUGUCUUGGCUGAUCCCGAAAGCAUUUUCAUUCAAGGUCUCAAGAAAUUCCGACAUCGCACUGUCUACGCCAAUAUCACGAACGACCGUACGGUAGCCUUCUACACCUCUGCGCUCACCAAAGAAGACCCAUUUCGCGGGUCAAAGCAUACGUACUUCGAUUAUGCGCUAGGUUAUGACAAUGUGAUUGUGAAUUCCAUGGACCAUGUCCUGCCACCGGCAGAGGAAGAGGCCACGACCAGGGCGACUCGAGAGCGGGGCUAUGGCAAAUCGUUUUGGCUCAAUCUUCCGGUGUCAUUCCUGAUUGUUGUGUUUGUGCCCGUGAUCUUCUUGUUCUUCUUAGUCAAUGCCGGAGUCCAAACCAUCCGCAGCCAAAAGCGCAUCCGGAUACACAGCAUGGGAGAGCUCGUUCGGAAGUACCAGCUUCCCCUAUGGGUCCAGGGAGCACAUCAUGUCGAAGAUGCUUUCCAAAACAUUAGCCUCCGACGGGAGCCAGCCUACCUACCGGGAAAUAAGAUCGAAUUAUUGCAGCCGUCAACCGGAAACGAGGUAGAUAUUGAAUCCGCACUGAGCUCCGUGCCACCAAGGAUUGAUGUUCCCUCCGACUCGCCGUCCUUUCCCCGGCUAGAAUUGACUCCGGCACAGUGUGAUAUCAUCGACUCACUGAACGAUGUGGGAUUCCGCAAGCACCCGGUCCACAUCACGAAACAUCUCAAUAGUCAUGCCGCCAUCGUUGUCCGAGAGUUUCGAGACAGCUCUAAUCAGGGUUGGGUCGUUAUGAAACACUGGAUCAACGAGGUGUUUAUCGCGUAA